GUGCAAUGUAAAGUUGCCACAUGACACCCAUUGGUGCUCUACUGCUGAAUGAUUUUACGCGAGGAUAGUCGGACGCAUUCAAGACUUUUCAAGAUCAACCCCAUGAGGCAGCAGUAACAUCAGCAGCAGAUGCACUGGAGAGCAGCAAUGAUCAACUCAGCGAGAACCGCAGUGGAGCCGCACUGAGGCAAAGCAGCCAAGCAGCCCCCCUGUGUCUGGGGACGUCUCCAGCAAUUUACGUGGUGUGGGAAGCUGAGAUCCUGAAUGUCUGCUCAGUCAGACUAACCAACAUCCUGACACAACUCCUGCUCCUCUUCCUCCACGACCUCCUCUUCCUCCUCCCAAAAUGACCAUAGUAGCAGGAGAUAACAUGGACGAGACCUCGACUGUCCCCGGCCACCCUCAGGACACCUACCCCCCAGAUCACAAUGACCACGAAUGUUGUGAGAGGGUAGUCAUCAACAUAGCUGGUCUCCGGUUUGAGACACAGUUGAAAACUCUUUCACAGUUUCCAGAGACAUUGCUGGGCAACCCCAAAAAACGGAUGCGGUACUUUGAUCCUCUGAGAAAUGAAUACUUCUUCGACAGAAACCGCCCCAGCUUUGAUGCCAUCCUUUAUUAUUACCAAUCUGGGGGUAGGCUGAGAAGACCAGUAAAUGUCCCUUUGGAUAUGUUCUCAGAAGAAAUCAAAUUUUAUGAGCUGGGAGUGGAGGCGAUGGAGAGGUUUCGUGAGGAUGAGGGUUGUUUCAUCAGGGAGUAAGAGCGGCCUUUACCUGAGAAGGAGUUCCAGCGUCAGAUUUGGCUGCUCUUUGAGCACCCAGAAAGCUCAGGCCCCGCCAGAGGGAUUGCCAUUGUGUCUGUAAUGGUGAUCCUGAUUUCAAUAGUCAUAUUUUGUUUAGAGACUAUACCGCAGCUAAAAGAGGACCCAAUGGGUCGAAAGAUGAUAGUGGGGAACACUACUAUUUAUUACAAGCCAAAUAUCUUCACUGACCCCUUCUUUGUCAUUGAGACACUCUGCAUAAUCUGGUUCUCCUUUGAGUUGGUAGUACGCUUUCUGGCAUGCCCAAGUAAACCGGCCUUCUUCAAGAACAUGAUGAACAUGAUCGACAUAGUGGCUAUCAUCCCUUACUUCAUUACACUUGGCACAGAGCUGGCUGAAGACAAUGACAAUGACAAUGACAAUGACAAAGAUGGAGUAGGGGAGCAGGCAACAUCUCUGGCCAUACUCAGGGUGAUUCGUCUGGUCAGGGUGUUUAGGAUCUUUAAGCUGUCACGACACUCUAAAGGACUCCAAAUUUUGGGGCAGACACUCAAGGCCAGCAUGCGAGAGCUCGGAUUGCUUAUCUUCUUUCUGUUCAUUGGAGUCAUCUUGUUUUCCAGUGCUGUCUACUUUGCUGAGGCAGAGGAAAAAGGAUCAUACUUUGACAGCAUCCCAGAUGCAUUUUGGUGGGCCGUUGUGUCUAUGACAACUGUAGGCUAUGGCGACAUGUAUCCGGUCACUAUAGGAGGCAAGAUCGUGGGUUCUUUGUGCGCCAUCGCUGGAGUGUUGACAAUUGCACUCCCAGUGCCUGUCAUUGUGUCCAACUUCAACUACUUCUACCACAGGGAGACUGAAGGAGAAGAGCAGGCCCAGCUGCUCAACGUCAGCAAUCCCAACAUCCCUUCUGAAACCAACUCCAGCCGCCGUAGUUCUUCCACUGUCAGCAAGUCAGAGUACAUGGAAAUUGAUGGAGACAUAAACAAUAGCAUCGACAACUUUAGGGAGGCAAAUCUCAGAACUGGCAAUUGCACUAUAGCCAACCAAAACUGUGUAAAUAAAAGCAAGCUGCUUACAGAUGUUUAGACAUAGUUAGACAUACUUAGGAACUUUCGGAUCAGGGAUACGGGGUUGUCAUAUGUGGAGUAGACCAUUGGUUAGGAAUGCUUCAUUUACCUCUCCAAAGCACUCUAUGGCUAUAGGCCUACAAAUAUGCUCAGCUAUAUAAGAAGGAAGCAGACUAAACAAAGCUGUUAGAGUAUAUGACAGGUGGAUAGAAUAAUUAAUUCUUCUGCUGCUACAAAUAUAUAGGUAUAUCAAAAGAAAACUUUGACCAUUAAGCUUAUACACGGCUCCCUGGAGGACGCAAAGCACACACUGUCUAAGCAGAUGACAGUGUGAUAAUGAAAAUCAUAUGCAUGGAGCACAGAUCAUUUCAGCAAGUUGCACAGUGCACCGGAAAAGUCUGCAGAUACAUGCAAACAUCUGCAGACACACACACACACACC